AUGUAUGGAAUAGAAGCUCCCCCUUUUCAUUUGAAGAGGAUUCAAUAUAACCUGUACUGCCCUGACAAGGCACUGUGGUAUGACAUUAAGAAGGUGAAUCCAAAGAGGACCAUGGAUGUAGGGUCAUUCCAAGUAAACCCUGACGGGACACAAGAGAGGAGUAAGUCUGAUGCUUACCAACCUUUGAAAUUUGGGUGGGAAAGUGUCGUAGAGGAGUAUGAAGAUGAAAUAUUCUCACUUAUCGCCCAAGAGGCAGACUAUCUAGCUGACAAGCUGUGCAGUGAAAAAUCAGGUCAGAAAUGA